CGGGACGCUCGGGCGGGACGGGCGGGCGGGACGAGCGGCGGCCGGCCGGGGAUGCCGCUCGGCUCGCCGGCUUCCUCGUCCGGUGACCGCCGCGCGCCGCCGCCAUGACGGUGGAGUUCGAGGAGUGCAUCAAGGACUCGCCGCGCUUCAGGGCUACCAUCGAUGAGGUAGAAACGGAUGUGGUGGAGAUCGAGGCUAAACUGGACAAGCUGGUCAAGCUGUGCAGUGGCAUGAUUGAGGCUGGCAAGGCCUAUGUCACCACCAACAGGCUCUUUGUGAGUGGCAUCCGUGACCUGUCCCAGCAGUGCCAGGGCGACACUGUCAUUUCGGAAUGUCUGCAGAGGUUCGGAGACAGCCUGCAAGAGAUGGUCAACUACCACACGAUCCUGUUUGACCAGGCCCAGAGGUCUGUGCGGCAGCAGCUCCACAACUUUGUCAAAGAGGAUGUACGGAAGUUCAAAGAGACGAAGAAACAGUUUGACAAGGUGCGAGAGGACAUGGAACUCUCCUUGGUGAGGAAUGCCCAGGCCCCAAGGCAUCGACCCCAUGAGGUGGAGGAGGCCACAGGUGCCCUGACCCUCACCCGGAAGUGCUUCCGCCACCUGGCCCUGGACUACGUGCUUCAGAUCAAUGUCCUCCAGGCGAAGAAGAAGUUCGAGAUCUUAGAUUCUAUGCUGUCCUUCAUGCAUGCCCAGUACAGCUUCUUCCAGCAGGGCCACAGCCUGCUGCACCGGCUGGAUCCCUAUAUGAAGAAGCUGGCAGCUGAGCUGGACCAGCUGGUGAUCGACUCUGCUGUGGAAAAGCGUGAGAUGGAGCGCAAGCACGCUGCCAUUCAGCAGCGGACACUGUUGCAGGACUUUUCAUAUGAUGAGUCAAAAGUGGAAUUUGAUGUGGAUGCACCAAGUGGUGUGGUGAUGGAGGGCUACCUCUUUAAAAGAGCCAGCAAUGCCUUCAAGACAUGGAAUCGGCGCUGGUUCUCCAUUCAGAACAGCCAGCUGGUCUACCAGAAGAAGCUCAAGGACGCCCUGACUGUGGUAGUAGACGACCUCCGCCUGUGCUCUGUGAAGCCCUGUGAGGACAUCGAGCGAAGGUUCUGCUUUGAGGUCGUGUCACCCACCAAGAGCUGCAUGCUGCAGGCUGACUCCGAGAAGCUGCGGCAGGCCUGGGUUCAAGCCGUGCAGGCCAGCAUUGCCUCUGCCUACCGGGAGAGCCCGGACAGCUGCUACAGUGAGAGGCUGGACCGCACAGCUUCCCCAUCCACGAGCAGCAUUGACUCUACCACAGACUCUCGGGAACGUGGAGCCAAGGGAGAGAGUGUGCUUCAGCGCGUGCAGAGUGUGGCUGGCAACAGCCAGUGUGGUGACUGUGGUCAGCCAGACCCCCGCUGGGCCAGCAUCAACCUGGGUGUGCUGCUCUGCAUCGAGUGCUCAGGGAUCCACAGGAGCCUGGGUGUGCACUGCUCCAAGGUGCGGUCCCUGACACUGGACUCCUGGGAGCCGGAGCUGCUAAAGCUGAUGUGUGAGCUUGGGAACAACACCAUGAACCAGAUCUAUGAGGCCCAGUGUGAGGGCCUGGACGCCAGGAAACCCACAGCCAGCAGCCCCAGACAGGACAAGGAGACCUGGAUCAAGGACAAAUACGUGGAGAAGAAGUUUCUGCGGAAGCUGCCCUCUGUGCCAGCCCGGGAAGCCCCGAGACGCUGGCGGGCACGGAAGUGCCAGCGUCCCAACAGCUCCCCUCAUGCUCCCACUGCCCGCCGCAAGAUCCGGCUUGAGCCCGUCCUGCCCUCUGUGGCGGCUCUGUCCUCAGCAGGCACCUUGGAGCGCAAAUUCCGACGGGAUUCGCUCUUCUGCCCAGAUGAGCUAGACUCGCUCUUCUCCUACUUUGACGCUGGGGCUGCUGGGGCGGGUCCACGAAGUCUGAGCAGUGACAGUGGUCUGGGAGGCAGUUCUGAUGGCAGCUCGGACGUCUUGGCCUUUGGCACAGGCUCUGUGGUGGACAGUGUCACUGAGGAGGAGGGUGGGGAGUCAGAGGAGUCCAGCGGUGAGGUGGAGGCGGAGGCGGAGGCGGAGGCGGAGGCUUGGGGUCUGUCUGAUGUACGUGAGCUGCACCCGGGGCUGCUGGCACACCGAGCAGCACGCAGCCGAGAUCUUCCUGCACUGGCUGCGGCGUUGGCCCAUGGAGCAGAGGUCAACUGGGUGGACACAGAGGAUGAAGGCAAAACGCCAUUGGUGCAAGCAGUGCUAGGGGGCUCCCUAAUUGUCUGUGAAUUCCUUCUGCAAAAUGGAGCUGACGUGAACCAAAGAGACAGCCGGGGCCGCGCACCCUUGCAUCAUGCCACGCUCCUGGGCCGAACCGGCCAGGUCUGCCUGUUCCUGAAACGGGGGGCCGACCUGCACGCCGUGGACCAGGAGCAGCAGGACCCUUUGACCAUUGCUGUGCAGGUGGCCAACGCAGACAUAGUCACACUGCUCCGCCUCGCUCGGAUGGCAGAGGAGAUGCGGGAGGCGGAGGCGGCUCCAGGCCAGCCAGGCCCCCUGUCGGGCAGCAGCCCCACAGAGCUGCAGUACCGCAGGUGCAUCCAGGAGUUCAUUGGCCUCCACCUGGAGGACAGCUAGGGCCGGGCAGGCUGGGCGGCCCCAGGACCCUGCCCUGGCCCACUGCCUGCCCGGCCCAGAUACCCUGCAUGCCCCUGAAGACCCUGGACCCCGCCCAGUCACGGCCCCUCCUGUGACAACCGUGGGCCUAUCCUGACAGCCCCAGUGCCCAGGCGCUCAUGGAGCCCUCACUUGCCUGCUCUUCCCUUCUUCUGGCUGCUGGGACCCUGGGCUGGGAGAGGGGCCCCAGCACGAUCCUCUGAUCCCAUGUUUUUGGGGGUGCUGCAUCAUCUAGCGCCCCUCACCUCAUCUGGGGAACCUGUCUUCAGACGCCCCUUCCUCAGGGGCCUGGUUUAUUCUUGUCACAACACUCAAGGCCCAUUAUCACCUUGUGCCCCUCUGCACUCAGGGCCUCUGUCACCUUGUGCCACUAUAUUUACUGCCCAAGAACACUGACCUGCUAGCUGGGUCCCUCCUCUAGUCUGGGGCUGGUGGCCGGCUACCAGCCCUUCCCCAGCAGGAGCAGCAGCCCACCCAGGGGACCAAUCCGAGUACCUCUCUUAAUGACCCCAGAUUCCAAGCUGUGCUUGGAGGGUGCUGGGGGGUGGGGCUCUGGCCUGGGCUCUUCACCCUGCCUGGACGCAGGCGUCCCAAGGCCACGUGCCUGGCCACGCAGGUCCCUCCCUGCCUCCUCCAGAGGUGUCUCUGAAACUCUGCCCAGAGCCUGUGGAUAAAGCAACUGGUACUUUCCACCUUGCACCCAAUGGUCUUUGCUACCGACUAAGUGGAUUUUCUACAGCCUUGUUCUGACUUUGCAUCUUUCCUCUGUGGACUCUUGAGGCCCACCCUGACUCUGGCCCUGCCUGCUGCCGGAGGAAGGCCCCACAUCUCUGCUCUGUCCCCUCUCUGGCCUCACCCCUCUGGGCCCUCCCAUGGGUCUUAGGUUUGUCACUCCUUUGAGGGACCCCACCAAUGCCUUCAACUCCCUUUUUCUGAAGGAGCCCAGGGGCAGAGGCUGGGCCCUUCUGCAGCUAUGGCCCUUGGUCAGGCCAUGGCCAGUCAGUUGAUCACUAUGCAAACACUGCCCUAGGGUUCCACGGGCAGCAAAGUGGGCACUGGACCAGGGUCCCUGACUCCCUUGCCUGCUGGCUAUAACCCUAAAGAGCAGAACUAGCUCCUUCCUUCCUGCUUGAGCCUGUCUACCGACCACCCUGCCCUCCUUGGCAGGGUCCCACCCCAUCCUGCUCUACUCACUCAUGGUUAAUAAACCUCUGGCACUAGAACUCA